AUGUCUGCCAGCGUUUUCCGGUUUCUCACUACGAAGCAAGUCAAGAGACUUUACGAUGCACACAUCGCUCGCGUCCAACCGACCCAACCUACCUAUCUAGAAUCUGCUACCUACUCGCCACAGCAGCACAAACGUUAUGGCGAGCAAGAUCUUUUCCGGCUGGCAGGCGUCCUCGCGCAGAAGAUUAUUCUGAACCACGCCUACCAGGAUGGGAACAAAAGAAUUUCUCUGCUAGCUGCAGACAUCUUCUUAAAGAUCAACGGAUACCAGCUUCAGAGUGAGCUUUUUUACUCGCGACGCCCUCGACCAGCAGCUACAGAGCGCCCACGUCGCUGUUGCAACGACCCAGUGGGACGCUGA